UGAAACAGACAUACUCCUACAAAAAAAAAAAGUAUAAAAAGUCGACAAUGAUGUCUUUAAGGUUGAUUACUAUAAGUUCGUUACUAAUAUUCGUCAUUGCAAGCACACUAUUCACUGGAUUUCGUUGCAAAGGUGGAAAUAAUGCUGGAUUCAUUGAUGUUUCAGAUGUAGAGGUACGCCCCAAGAGUGUGUACGUUGUUGCUGCAACAGCAGCAGCAAGAGAAAAGACAUUGAAAGGCCGAAAAUUGGUGGUCGACAGAGCAAUUAAGCUACACCCGAAGGCGAAAAUAAAUGUUAUGCCAACAGGAAAGCAUACAAGUUUUACGAGAAUAGGCCUUUCUAGAAACAAAAAUGUGAAUUUUGUUGCUUUCACUGAAGAUUACCAUCAACCAAGGCAUCACCCACCAAAGAACAACUAAGCAAUUAUUAGUUUUUACAUAUUUCAUUUUUCGAUUUUGUAAUUUUGACUUUUUUUAUGAAGCAUGAUGUUUAUCAAGUUUUUUACCAAAAGAUUUGAGUCGACACUUGCUUUACAUAAAAAAAGUUAAAAAUGAAAAAUGAAGAUUAUGUAAACGGAUAUACAUAUCUGCUAAAUUUUGAGCUUGAGAAAAAGGAAAUCUUUUUAGUUAAUCAAUAUGUUCUCUUCAUAGUUUUGUUUUAUGUUCUUUUCCGCUAUGUUGUACUAUUAUGGUUUUGUAAAAGAAGUGGAUGUAAGAAUGAUGAUAAAUCUUAUAUAUUUUGAUCUUUACAUGAAUG